AUGAAGAUGUCGCGCCUUUUAUUCGAUGGGCACCAAAAAGACCCUGCACCCGCCCUAUCGUCGCCGCCUCUCGAGUGUCUUAAAGGAGAUGUCGAAAGUCACAGUAUAGCGAGCAGUGCAGCUUUAGAACCAAAACCCUCAGAGCUUGAAGGCGGAGAGAAGAGAGGCUUCUUUUCACAGCCCUGGACACCGCGCCGAAUCGCAAUUUUUAGCGUCCUUGGAUUCUUGGGGUUGGUUCUCAUUGCACUCGUCAUCGCCCUUCCAAUCGUUCUCACAAGGCAGAACCAUGACUACCCGGGGAUCUGGAAAGCAACAAAAUCAGACCCCAAUGACCCUAGUUAUGCUGUCGAGGACAACAGCCCUGUUUGGGCAAUUCACGACUUCCCAGACCCGGGCCUUAUUCAGCACAAUGGGACAUGGUAUGCAUUUGGGACAAAUCCGAAAAAAAACGACCCAAGUACGAUACAUGUGCCUGUCGCCACAUCAACCAACUUUGUCAAUUGGACUCUGCACGAGGGAUAUGAUGCGAUGCCGAACGUCGGCCAGUGGCAGAAGAAAGUCAACACUUGGGCACCAGACGUGAUCCAACGGGAUGAUGGGAAAUUCGUCCUUUAUUAUGCAGGGGAGUCGAAGGAACACGCCCCACACCACUGUGUUGGGGCUGCAGUCUCGAAUGGAACCGAUCCAAUGGGACCAUACACUCCUCUCAAUGAAUCACUGGCUUGCCCGCACAAGUACGGCGGUGCCAUCGACCCGUCUCCCUUCCGAGAUGCUGAUGGCAAGCUCUAUGUGGUCUAUAAGGGCGACGGAAACAGCGUUGGAUCUGGUGGCUACUGCGGUAAUAGCAAGACGCCCCGGAAGCCUGUCCCUAUCUUCCUACAAGAGAUGAAGAGCGACGGAAUUACCAAGAUUGGCGACCCAGUGAUCAUCCUCGACAUCAACAAGACGGAUGGUCCUCUUGUCGAAGCGCCGAAUAUUAUUCGCACCGAUAAUGGCACCUACUACCUGUUUUUCUCCUCGCACUGCUUUACAUCGCUGGGUUACGACGUGAAAUAUGCCCAUUCAACGUCGAUCAAGGGACCCUACACGAGAGCAGAGCGACCGCUGCUUCAGACAUACGAUUUUGGCCUCCGAGCACCUGGUGGUGCAACUAUCUCUCCUUCUGGGGAUAGGAUGGUCUUUCAUGCAGAUUGUGGUGGCUGGCGGUGCAUGUACGCUGCAGCCAUUGAUAUUCGGUCCCACAACAACACCAUUAUUAUGUCUUCGCUGACAAUAGAGAGCUCGGGCUCAAAAAACUCUACUGGAUCCUGA